AUGGCGUCAUAUAAUCCGUAUAGAGACGAUAUAGCGUCGGAUAAAGAUGGAAUAGAUUACGAACUGAAUCAGCUGUUCCAACAACACCAAUUAGGAAUGGGCAGCCAUAAUGACACUUUUUUAUCCCGUAUUUUUGGAUUGAAUUCUAUUUACAACCAACUUCAAGAGAAUUACCAAUACUACGAUCCUGAAUUUGACAGUACAUAUCAACAAACUCAACAACUUCAACAACUGAUUUCAAAUGAUUUUCAACAACAGGAACAACCGGAAGAUGAGGAUGAAUCAUUAUUGCCUUCGAAAACUGCCGUUGCUCCUUUAAUAAACACCCAUGAGGAGGGAAGAAAUUCUACUGGACCAGGGCAUAGCAAUAGCUUGCUUGAUUCUGAAUCUGACUCUGACUUGUCAUCAAGCUCAGAAAGUUAUGUUCGCCCGAAGUCGAAUAGAGUCAGAGUAGAACAGCAACAGGAGGAGCAACAACAACAACAACAACAACAACAAAAGGUAGAUAUGGAAGAACAAGGUAAUUCACAUAAGCUCAAGUUUAACUUACCUAACCCUAAAAGAUUAAUAACUGGGAGAUAUAACAGACAAGAUGGCCCAAUACUACCAACACAUACUACUCCUAGUCAAUUCAGGAAGCCGAAGCCAGCAGAGAAUGGCCAGAAGCAAAAUCAACGGAGAGCAACCUUUGUCAUACCGCCGAAAGAAAGGGCACUAUAUCUUUGGGCGAAUAUAACCAACAUGGACGAAUUCUUGAGUGAUGUAUAUUACUAUUAUUGUGGUAAAGGAUUGGCCAAUAUUAUUAUUUCAAGAAUCAUUGACUUGUUAAUCUUGGUAUUUAUACUUUUGUUUACUGUUUUUCUAAAGUGGGGGAUAAAUUAUGAAUAUUUUGCUCAAUGGAGACAGGAACAGGACAAGCAUAUUACCUUGAGUGAUUUAAUUAUACCCAAUUUCUUAUUUAAUAGGGUUCCAAUACUUGCAAAAUUCCUAUUAUUUGGAUUUUUCAUAUAUGUGUUAUUGAGAGUGAUUCAAUUAUAUUUUGAUUAUAACUACAAAUUACGAGAAAUCCGUAAUUUCUACCACUAUUUAAUUAAUAUCGAUGAUGAAGAAUUAAUGACUAUAAAUUGGAAAACUAUCGUCGAAAGGUUAAUGUUAUUGAAGGACUAUAAUACAUUAACAUCGACUAAUGAUCCUCAACGGCAUUACGUCAAUGAUUUAUCCUCAAAAGUUCGUUUGAAUGCUCAUGAUAUUGCUAAUAGGAUCAUGAGAAGAGAAAAUUAUAUGAUUGCCAUGAUGAAUAAGGAUAUCUUGGAUUUAACUCUUUUUGAUAAUAGGUUCUUUUCUAUAACCCAGAAUUCAAUACUUACCAAGACAUUGGAGUGGAAUUUGAAACUUUGCAUUGAUAAUUUCAUUUAUAACCAGAAUGGGCAAAUCAAUUCGUCAAUACUUAAAGACUAUAAUAGAAAUCAAUUAGCCAAGGAAUUAACAUCACGAUUUAAAUUGGCAGCCAUAAUAAACUUGUUAUUAUGUCCUUUCAUUGCUAUAUAUUUUGUUUUGUUAUAUUUCUAUCGCUACUUCAACGAAUUCAAGUCAAACCCGAGCUCAUUAGUUGGAUCUAGACAAUAUACCCCCUUUGCCCAAUGGAAAUUACGAGAAUUUAAUGAAUUACCCCAUUUUUUCAAUAAAAGGUUGUUAUUGUCGAUUGGACCAGCAAAUACAUAUAUUAAUCAAUUUCCUAAGGGAUAUAUUGCCAUUAAUGUUAUGAAGUUGAUUAAUUUUGUAUCGGGUGCAUUAUUGGCCAUAUUGGUUAUCAUGGGUAUUUGGUAUGAAGAUGAAUCACAUUCAUUUUGGGCAUUUGAGUUAACUGAAGGAAGAUCCCUGUUGUUUUAUAUUAGUAUAUUUGGAACAAUAUGGGCUGUGACUGGAAAUACACCAACAUCUGCUAGUGAAAUCCUGCUGAAUAGUGAAUCCUUUGUAUACGACCCCGAGGCAAGUUUAAGAUAUGUUUCCCAGUUUACUCAUUAUUUACCGAGCACAUGGAAUAAGAAAUUACAUACUAUAGAAGUCAAGAAUUCAUUUUGCGAAUUAUAUUCAUUGAAGAUUUUGAUUAUCUUGAAUGAAAUUUUCAGUAUUGUGUUGACUCCAUUUAUAUUAUGGUUCAAGAUUUCAGCAAAUAGUGGAGCUAUAAUUGAUUUCUUUAGAGAGUAUAGUAUUCAUGUGGAUGGGUUGGGUUACGUUUGCUAUUUCGCCAUGUUUAACUUUGAAGAGAAGGAUAAGAAUAUGAUGGUUAACUUGAAUAAGCGUAAACCCAAAAAGCCUAAGAACAAAGGUAAACCUUCGGGUAAUGAGAUUGAGAUGAAUAAAAUAUCCAAGAGUGAUCAUGAAGAAACCUCAGAUGAUACUUCUGACGAUGAUUCUGACUUGAACUACAUGCGCCAACAUUACCAACAAGAUGAUAAGAUGAUUAAAUCGUAUAUGUACUUUUUGGAAAGUUACGGAGGAUCCAAACUGAAUCCAAAAUCGACCCCACAAAUCCAAGCUAAGAGGCAAGUACCGGUUGAACCAUCGCCUAGCUUUUUGUAUGACCAACAAAGUAUAAGCGAUUCACUUUAUAAUAUCAACUAUAAGUUUGAUGAUAGCACGAUAUUACAAGAUGAUAUUUCUAGAAGAAAAGGUGGAGUUUUAGGAAUGUUGAAUCAAUUCUAUAAACAAGAUAUAAGUUAA